UUUGGGUACACUAGUUUUAAAGCGCACACGUAUAUCCAUCUUCCAAUUCUUACAACGAAAAGUUUCUAUUGUUCUUCAACAUUAUUUAUUUAUUUAUUAUUAUUAUUUUUUUUUAGAAAUUUCGUUGCGACCCAUUUGCCUCAGAACAAUUGGGUACACAGACCUUGCUGAUCCAGAUUGGUUUCGUGCGAGAACUGGGAUUUCGAAUUCAGGAUUUGAUUUUGUUCUUCACAAGUAUUUAAGUGGAGGGGGAGAAACCAACAGGAAAAGUUUGUUUUUUUCCCUCUAGAGGAUAUGGAAAUCUCGGAAAUUUUGUAGUCAAAAUGGUGGCUGAAGAUGAUGGGGAAAGGGCCUCUGAUCGAUAAAGUUGUGUGUUGAAAUUAUUGGAAAUGAGUCGGUCUCCUUCGUUUUCAGUGAAGUCGGAACUCAGUCCAAAGCUUGAUCCAGAAUCUUUGCAGCAAUGGGUUGUGGCAUUUUGCAUUAUAAGAUUUGAUCUAGAACAGGGUCAGCUCAUUGAAGAGUGUUAUCCACCUGGUUGUCUUACACAGGAGGAGGAGCUCGAAAUUGCCUUCAGUUCAUUCCCAGAUUCUGUUUCCCAGCAUCAGAACCGUUCGAGCAUUCAUGAUUGUAUGUUCUUUUUCCGGUUUCGAAGGCCAGAGAAUUCUCAAACAGGUAAUGUGUCUUCCACCAAUACCGGCGCAACUGACAAGGAGUUAUCUCCCAAGUCUGCGGACAGAGGAUUUCUUAGAAGGUUGAAAAGCAGCAAUAAUGUUUAUGGUUCUAGGUACAUGUAUGGUUAUGUCUUCAAUAGAGAGAGACAUGAUGAGAGGUUAAAGCGAGGUGGGGAGCAAAAAUCUGUGGUAAUUCUGUCUCAUAGUCCGUACUCUAGUGUGUUUAAACCUUUGUUACAGAUAAUGGGUCCUUUAUAUUUCGACAUCGGAAAGAAAGCUCUUGAACAUAUUGCUGCUUAUGUAUCGAUAUGGCCUGCUCCGGUACCUGGUAAGCUUAUGGAGCUUCCUAUUGGGAAUGCCAUGCUUAAAGUGAACUUGCCGCCUGCUCACAGCUUGCCCUUGGAAAGUGGGAUUUCGUUUGAAGAAUCUCCUUCUUCUAUGGCUCCUUUUCUUCCUACUAAUCAGUCAGUUCCUCAGGGUCUGUUUCAUGAUUCGGAUAUUUUUGGUACCUUCCGUGGUCUUCUAUUGCAGCUUUGGGUUUUGUGGGAGUUGUUAAUUGUUGGUGAGCCCAUUCUGAUCAUCGCUCCAACUCCACCACAGUGUUGUGAGGCUGUGGCCAGUCUUGUGAGUUUGGUUGCACCUCUACUUUGUAGUGUCGAUUUUAGGCCCUAUUUCACCAUCCACAACCCGGAGUUCGUCAACCUCAAUUCUCUUAAAGAAGGAGAUGCAUUUCCUCCUAUUAUUUUGGGGGUGACUAAUCUCUUUUUCCUUAAAUCACUGCGCAACAUCCCCCAUAUUAUUUCGGUUGGAAGCCCUGCUCCUAAUUCAAACCGCCUUGCCCUUUCCAAUAGGUCCUCUACUGGCCGAAUUCCUGGCAAAUCAGAGGGAUUUGGUUUUCAACAGCUUUCCUUGAAAAAGUUCUCUCCUUCAAGCUUGUUAAAUGCUGUGAAGUUGAGGCGGGAUGGUCCCCUUUGUCUCAUGACGGAACAUAAGGAAGCCAUAUGGAGCACUUAUGCAGCAACGACUAAGCCAGACACUUCUAUACUGAAUAGACUUAUUGACGCUGGCAUGUCACCUAGGAUUGAAGAGUCAAUGUCAGUUGUUAAUAAUGAGAUAUUGCGGCGGCAUUUCUUGGAGCUCACUACCAACUUCUUGGCUCCUUUUGGGCCGUACUUUAGGACCAUCACUCCUUCAGAAGGAUCUUCUCCAUUUUUAGACCCUCCUCCGUUUCCUCCAUUCAGUUCUGAUGAAUUUCUAUCAACCUUAUCGGCAAGAGGCCCUGGGAAGUUCUUGUCAAAGCGGAUGACAUCUAAUUGGCUGGACUUAUAUAGGCGGUUUUUAAAAGGACCUAACUUUAUGCCAUGGUUUCAAAGAAGGCGUGCUGUUGCUGAACAAGAACAACAUAGACUGUGGAGGCAGGCGAGAAUGAAUGCGGACAUACAACAGUUAAUAUCUAAGAUGUCUGAAUUGGAAAUAGUUGAUUCCUUUAAUGCAAUUGAAAGGCAUAUUAUUGGAGAAAUACAGCUGCAGAAAUCUGGAAAGGCCAGUGCAGAUUCCACAGCGGCUUAUCAAAAACUAAAGGGAGAUCUACAGGCAGUGUUCAAUGUGCUUCCGAAGGAUAUGCAACAGCUUCUGCUUCUAAAUCCUGAAAAGGCAGCUCAUCUUCAAGGAAGUCCGGAACAUACAAAACUUCCUGGGCGCCCACUCAUACAAGUUGGAGUUAUGUCGUCAAUUUUGCCUAGGUAAUAUGCAGAACACGGCUUAAGCUGAGUCAGUUAGCAUCCGCUGUGCUGGUUAAAUGACAACAUAUGUGAGAAGUCCAUGGCUUCCCUCUGUUACUGAAAAAAAAAAGCAUUCCCUCGUCAGGUACUUAAUCCACGCGCCAUCCUUAUUCUUUACAAAUACAGUUAUCCACAUUGUAACAUUUGCAGUUUCUUUUCGACUUUUUAUCUUGCUGCGAAAGGAAAAGAAAAAAAUCGGAGUAGCUGUUGACUGUUGUAUGAAACUGCGGGUACUCUUAAAUUAUUCAGCUUCUCAGUUAACUGGAGAUAGUUUAUCUUCUUCUCAACCAACCAAGAAAGGUGAUUUUGUUUUUCUUUAAUGGUUUUCUGGGAGCCACUAGUUGCUGUCAUCAAGAGUCGAGAAUUAUUCGUGUUAUGUAAUUUUUUUUCCUUUUCUUAAUUCUCAAAUUGUCUGUAAGCUAGUAGCUUAAUAUAGCAAUGACUAUGGGAAAAAAUUCCCAAGGUGUAGAUGUUGUAAAUUCAACAAUAUUUGUUUCACUCUUUGC